GUCCAGCAUCUUGUCACAAAAACCAAAAACCACGGCCAAAAACAUUGUAAUUUUUACGUUUUUUUCAGGUGAAAGAUUUUAAGUACUCAAGCUAAGGACUUUUUCAGUGAACAUAAUCCAGUGCGCGCGCGUGGUCUGAGGUGCACUUAGCUGACGGUGUGAAAUAUUAUCUGUUUUCAAAUUACGAAUUUUGAGAAAAAGAAACUUCCUACGAAAGAAAACUUUUGUUGAGAUUCCAGUGUAUUUAUCACCUCCGAGAAAAGACACGUGAAUAUAUAUAGCUUGGUCCUUAGAGUUACGAGAAAACAGCGUAAGCGUAAACCGCGGAGUGGAGCCAGGGCUCGAAUUAUUAUUUUAGCAAGAAAAAAAUAAAGUAAAUAAUGAGCAACACAGUGACGCUAGAACGUGACGGCCACGACCAGCCGUGGGGGUUCCGGCUGCAGGGGGGUGUGGAUGUUGGCCUCCCCCUCUCAGUCCUCAGGGU